AUGUUGAUUACAUCGAGUGACAACAAUUUGCCCUAUUACAAAGGGCACAAGUAUGACUCAAUUUUCGAUUUACACGAAAAAGAAAAAAUGCACGGGGCGAAACGGGUGCUAGUCUUCUGCCUGAUGACAGCAGUCCUUCCAACCAUCCUCACGAUAAUUCCCCUAUAUCUUCGACAUGUAGUCUUCGCAGACGUUGUUACACCCGUAGCGGAAUCCGAUAUACUAUCGCUACAAGAAGGAAUAUCCUCAAUUUUUUGCAAAUCCCUUUCCCUAAAAAUGAACUCCACCUUCAACGCUUUCCAACUCCAAGGCAAACCCACCAAGAGCGAGAAAUUGAAGCACAUCAGGCUGAAGAAAUCCAUGACAUUACCCGACGAUACUCUAGAGUACUGGGGAUUUUAUUUGCUCAAAGGCUCCGUGGUGCAAUUGAAGGUCUGCUCUCGUUACGAUGGCGGUCGAAUUCUAGUAGUGAGAGGAGAGAAGAAUCUGGACACCUGCAAUUUGAUGAAACACGAAAGAUACGGCGCCCGAAUGGACGCCGAAUUCAUCGGCGUUAAAGUCUACGAAGAAACCGAAAGUAUCCUCGAUAGCGAAAAUUCCGCCAAAGAAAUCGAAACCACCGACACCAAACCAACCAUCGAUGCAUCCAUCAAAAAAUCGAAACAUAAGAAACACAUCAACUACAACAACACCAACAUCCGCCACCACCAUAAAAAACACACCGAAGACCUAGAAGCGCUAAAAAAAUCACUAGAAAACAAUCCAAGCAACCUUCUAGACCGCUUGAAGCGGAGCAUAUCCCCGUUGGACUCGCACAUAAAGCACGGCGGCAACGCCAUGAACCUCACGCAGCUCGACGACGGCGUCUCCAGCUUCGAAACCAACCUGCUCACCUGCUACGACGGCAAAAUCCUGCUGUCGCGCAGCUUCCAGCCGAGCAAAGUCUGCAACAGCAUCGCCUACUUGUACCAAAGCAAUCACAUAUUCACCGAGCACUCGGUCGCCUCCGACGGGUACUACUAUUACAUCUUCUACUCGGACAACGACUUCGUCAGGAACGACAUCCACGCCGUUUUCGAUAUCUACAAGCCGACGUACGGGUACAGGAACAGCGACAGCGUGAGGGAGUGCGUGAACAGGACGUCCUGCAGGUUCCCGUUGGAUUUGAUCGGGGACGAAACGGUGAUCGUGGAGGUGCCGACUAGAGAUGGGAUCGAGCAUGAAGAUGAUGAUAUUACUCUGCUUACCAGCACUUGUCAUCCGAGGACCGAGGUUUAUGUUGUUUUUCCGGUGCUGGUGCUCGUUUUGAUUAUGGGUUGCGCUUUUUUGUAA